CAGCCAUGGAAGAGUUAAUAGUUGAGCUGCGCCUGUUUCUUGAACUUCUGGACCACGAAUAUCUAACUUCCACUGUCAGGGAGAAGAAGGCAGUAAUAACUAACAUUCUCCUGAGGAUACAGUCAUCAAAAGGUUUAGAAGUAAAAGAACAUGUACAGAAGCAAGAAGUUGCCAACAGUUUGCCAGCACCUCCUCAAAUGCCUCUGCCAGAAAUACCUCAGCAGUGGCUGCCACCAGAUAAUGGGCCUCCACCACUGCCAACAUCUUCCCUUCCUGAAGGCUAUUAUGAAGAGGCAGUGCCACUUAGUCCUGGGAAGGCUCCUGAGUACAUCACUUCCAAUUAUGACUCAGAUGCUAUGAGCAGCUCUUAUGAAUCCUACGAUGAAGAGGAGGAAGAUGGAAAGGGGAAGAAAAUGAGACAUCAGUGGCCUUCUGAGGAAGCCUCUAUGGAUCUGGUGAAGGAUGCCAAAAUCUGUGCCUUCCUUCUUAGAAAGAAACGAUUUGGGCAAUGGACCAAACUACUGUGUGUUAUCAAAGAAAACAAACUACUGUGCUACAAAAGUUCCAAGGACCAGCAGCCCCAGAUGGAGCUGCUCCUGAAUGACUGCAGUAUCACCUAUAUUCCCAAAGACAGCAAAAAGAAGAAGCAUGAGCUGAAAAUCUCGCACCAAGGAGCAGAUGCCCUGGUUCUGGCAGUGCAGAGCAAAGAGCAGGCGGAACAGUGGCUAAAGGUUAUAAAAGAUGUGUGCAGCAACUGUACGGGAGCUGUAGACUCCGAUGGGCCAUUGUCUAGUUCUCCAGUGCACAAGAUGGAGCUGGAAAAGAAGUUGUCAUUUGAGAGGCCAAGUUCAGAUGGGGAGGGUGCUGUGGAAAAUGGCAUCACUACUGUGUGCAAUGGGAAAGAACAAGUGAAAAGGAAAAAAAGUUCAAAAACGGAAACCAAGGGCACUGUGACUAAAGUAACAGGGAAAAAAAUAACGAAGAUCAUUGGUUUAGGAAAGAAGAAGCCAUCAACAGAUGAACAGACCUCAUCAGCUGAAGAAGAUGUUCCAACAUGUGGAUAUCUCAACGUGCUCUCUAAUAACCGUUGGCGCGAGCGCUGGUGCAGAGUGAAAGACAAUAAACUCAUUUUCCACAAGGACAGGACAGAUCUGAAGACACACAUUGUUUCUAUCCCUCUCCGUGGCUGUGAAGUCAUCCUGGGACUGGAUUCGAAGCAUCCCCUGACCUUCCGCCUGCUCCGAAAUGGGCAGGAGGUCGCUGUGCUCGAGGCAUCCUCCUCUGAAGACAUGGGCAGAUGGAUUGGAAUUCUGCUGGCAGAAACAGGGUCCUCGACAGACCCCGGAGCUCUGCACUAUGACUACAUUGACGUGGAAAUGACGGCAAGCGUCAUCCAGGCAGCAAAACAGACAUUCUGUUUCAUGAACAGGAGAGUUAUAUCUACAAAUCCAUACCGGGGAAGCACUGCCAAUGGCUACGCCUGUCCAAGUGGAAUGGCACUUCAUUAUGAUGAUGUUCCCUGCAUAAAUGGAUCGUGGGAACCAGAAGAUGGCUUUCCUUCUUCUCGUAGCAGGAACACUGGAGAAGAAAUGCUUUAUGAUAAUGCAGGCCUGUACGAUAACUUGCCGUCUCCAAAAAUCUUUGCGCGCUAUCCGCCAGCUGACAGGAAACCCAAUAGGUUAUCUACUGACAAACUCUCCUCUAACCAUUACAAAUACCCUGUCUCAUCCAAUCUGUCUUCUGCUCAGUCUGUCACUAAUACCUCUGCUGUGGGGAGGGGAUCUACCUCACAGUUUAAAGGCAAGAAGCCUCCUGUGACUACUAAUGGCAUCACCGGAAAAGGGAGAACUUUAAACAGCCAACCCAAGAAAUCUGAAUCAGUGUCCUGUGUGAAGCGCACGGCGUCGAAUGCAGAGCAGUACAAAUAUGGCAAGAAUCGUGUGGAGGCAGAUGCAAAGAGGUUACAAAGCAAAGAGGAGGAGCUGCUAAAGAGGAAAGAAGCACUCCGGAAUAGGCUGGCCCAGCUCCGAAAAGAACGAAAAGAUCUACGUGCAGCCAUUGAAGUCAAUGCUGGCAGGAAGACCCAAGUGAUUCUUGAAGACAAGUUAAAGAAGUUGGAAGAGGAGUGUAAGCAGAAGGAGGCCGAGCGUGUAAACUUGGAGCUAGAACUGACCGAGGUGAAGGAAAGCCUUAAGAAAGCCUUGGCUGGUGGCAUCACACUGGGCUUGGCUAUUGAGCCCAAGUCAGGAACAUCAAGCCCACAGUCUCCAAUUUUCAAGCACCGAACUUUGGAAAACUCUCCAAUCUCCAGCUGUGAUACCAGCGAUACUGAAUGCUCAAUACCUGUGAACAGUGCAGCAGCUCUGAAGAGACCUCCCUCAACAAACAAUUCUCCAUGUCGAGGUCAUGUUCUUCGAAAAGCAAAGGAAUGGGAGAUGAAAAAUGGAACAUAAGCAUAGCAAAACCACUCACUUUCUAUAAAGGCCUUACCUAUUACGGACCAAGACGUAGGCUGCAAAGGAUUCAUCUGAAUGGUCAUAUCAAGCUAUACAACAUAGGAAGUUUUAUAAUUCUGUUAAGUUCAUGGUAGCUUGGCGCUAAUUUGCCUGUAUUCCCUCUACUGUAUUGCUGUGUAACUACGUGUGCCCCUUUUUAUUAGCUGUAACUCCUUGUUUCUGACUUCAUUGAUAAAGAAAAUGAAGACUAAAAGCCCCAAACCAACCAUAGGAAUUAAAAAGGAGCAUAAAGUCACCAGCUGAAAGUUUACUUUGCUGAAGCAGCACAGAGCAGUAAUGUUCAUUACAUACCAUCAGACUGCCUGGACACUGCUGAAAAAUGGUGUCUAAAGACCAGUGUGAAAUCAUAACUCUUACAGAUUAAAACUGACUUUCAAGCUCUGCCACAAGGUCUUACUCAUUAGCAGUCACUUUGCU